AAAGGAGUAAAAAAAUCAUCGUUACUUGUGGUAACUAACCGUUAAAUGCCUAAAAAUGGCAUAAAAUGAAAAACAGUUAACCGAACUAAUUGAAUGCAAAUCAUGGGAAGCAACCAAGAAAAACGAGAUGAUGAAAAUGGUGAAAGUGAUAAGAAAGAAGAAGAAGACAAACAUGAACUUCCAUUAAUGGCAUUAAACCAUGUGUCAAGGUUAUGUAGGUCAGUGAAAGAUUCAAUAGAGUUUUACACAAAAGUUUUAGGGUUUGUUAUUAUUGAGAGGCCUCAAGCUUUUGAUUUUGAUGGUGCUUGGCUUUUCAAUUAUGGGAUUGGUAUUCAUUUGGUUCAAUCUAAGGAUGAAGAUCGUUUGCCAUCCGAUAAGGAGGGUUUGGAUCCAAUGGAUAAUCAUAUCUCCUUUCAGUGCGAAGAUAUGGAGGCAAUGGAACAAAGACUGAAGGAUUUUAAUGUCAAGUACAUGAAAAGAACAGUGGAUGAUGAAGAGAACAAGACGUCGAUCGAUCAGCUUUUCUUCAACGAUCCAGACGGAUUUAUGAUCGAAAUGUGCAACUGUGAGAACCUCAAACUCGUUCCUGCAGGUUCCAUGGGUAAGAUUAAGCUGCCUUGUGAUCGUCAUAACCCUCCGAUUGAGCUACGCAAAGAUGAUAAUGAAAGAAGUCAAGAAAAACCUAUGUCAAACUCAAAUUAGAAAGAGGUUUUCAUCUUCAGUUUUUUUUAUUAUUAAGAUGUCUUUAUGUCUGUUUUUCCUGAGGAAAUGAGUUUUUAUUAGAAAUGGAGUUACUUGCAUUUUAUCUGAAUGUAUAACAGACGAUUCAAUCGGACAGGAGUUGGCAAUCUGUUAAGAGUGUGAUCCACAUGUGAGUUGAGACUAGUCUUCCCACAUGGAAGAAACAGUGAGAGAUUAUGACCCACCCAUCACUAGGGGUGUCAAAUCUGGUCAUCAGUCAGUUACGGAUCGGGUAUAAUCGAUUUGGGUAUAAUUCGAUAAUGUAGUUAUGCAGAGCCAUUAUGCUUAUGCGCAUUGAAUGUGAAAAUUUUGUUUUUCGGAUCACUUCGGUUUUUGUCAGAAAUCGAUUGGAUCGGCUCAGUUUUGACAGCCGUACCCAUCACCUUAUUGUUUUUAGGAUGGAACCCUGUCAGACUAACAUGAGGUCAAUGAAUUUAUCACAAUCCCAAUGGCUCAUGUGCAACUUUCAUAACUUCAAACCCUAUCCAUCUAAUUAGCUAUACUAAAGCUAAGCUCGAAGAAACCUCAAAAGUUCGAUAUGUAACUUGAUAUAUUCUUUCAAGUUUAGUGUGGUAACUGAAACAACAACGCAGUACCAAGAUGUAUGAAGAUCAUAACUAGUGCGCUAUUUAGCGUAGGAUCUGGAACUGGAUCAAAUAUACAUAGCA